CUGGCCAGUCCCCAGACCACAUCAGACCUACCAUCGAGGCAAAGAAUGCCGUCUCAUUGCUGAUUUCCGCGGAUUUCCUGAAGAUGUCGCCGCUGGUGACCGAGCUUCUCGUCUUCAUGCACAAGCACGCACAAGACGUUCUUCUCGCCCAGACUAACCUGUCCUGCCUACCAGACCAUCUCCUCAACAGAUUGUCGCGCCAAUUCAGCCACUGGGAGGUGGAGGCUCUGCAGGACCCAAAGGACAGACUGCAGGGGCGCCUGUACAGCCGCCUGCUGCAGGCGCUGUGCGAGGCCUGCCCUGCACCUACCAGGGGCAUCUUCCGCACCGCUGCUACCCUCUACAGAUGUCAGGACUGCGGGGCGCUCGUCUCUCGUCAAAUAGAGCGCCUGGUGGAGUGUACAUGUUACAACACACACGUCACGACCACGGGAGCUGUGUACUACCUGCACUCCAGGGACCCAACUUGGAGUUUAACGGAACACGUCAAGGAGUUGAAGUCCUCCUUGAAGACCUGGAGGCUGGUCUACUGGAGGCUAUGGGGUCAGGUGCACUUCCUGCCGUGCUCGACGUGCGGCGCGGUGUUCGGGGCGGGCGCCCUGCGCUUGUGCCGCAAGCACAAGAUGGACCCGCAGUUCAGUGACGCCGGGGAGCUCGGUCCCCUCACUGCUAGGGGAGGGGACCAUUACCCUUGUUGCGGGGCCCGGGCCCUCAGGUUCUCCCCUCUACCUCUCAGGAAUGGCUGCCAGACGAGCGAGCACACGGUGCUGCUGUGCCGGCGCCCUGAGGAGCCUUGGGGCGGCCUGCACAGCAUCUACGACGACCUGCUGACCUACCAGGCACUAGUGUGUCCACCUGCCUGCACCCUGCCACCCCUCCAGCAGGGAGCUGUGUGGAGGAACGUGCCUCUCUUGCCCGCGAGGUCUGAGAGAUCGUUUCUGGACCGAUCUUGUUUUCUCGGCAGACAAGUACCACCAGAUACGACUUAUGACGGCGACGAAAUAACAUCAUCGUCGCCACGUCACGGAGCACAAAUCCAGCCAGGGUCUAAAUUAAACAAAACGUCUUUGCCGGCGGUCACGUCUGAGGACCAGCAAUAUCCUGUCACUGUGGGUGGGGACAAAGGCCCCCCCAGCUCGUCACGGGGGGCGACCAGCUCGUCACGGGGGACGACCAGCUUGUCACGGGGGCCGGACGUGGCAAAAGACGACGACGUGCAGGACUCGGACGAGGACGAAGGAGCGCCAUCGAAGCUCCUGCCGCCCAGGAUGAAGGCGGCGCUGCAGCGCAAGGCUGCAAGAGUCAAGCGAGCGCUCAACUUCCAGUGA